ACACAGACAACAACAAUAAACCCGAGGUGAUAUGAGAUCAUACACGCUGCUUCAAAAGACAGGAGUGGAUGAGAAAUUAGACAGUGGUACCGUUUAGACAGUCGGCGAAGACAAUCAUUUUGACUAGAUGUCGCGUAAGGCGCUGUGUUUUGCUCUUUAUUUUGAUUCAGUGAUGUCAGCAUUAGAAAUCGGGAGAGCGUCGUUGGAUUUGAAACUUGCAGAUUAGCUAGGCAUGUUAGCUUUUGUUAUUUGGGUGUGUCGCGUGCCAUGAACAAUCAAUACCUACUGAGACUGAGGAAAGCUCAUUUUAAUUUCGAAAAGGAAGGAUAUACAAAAGUAAUAAACACCAGAAUAGGAAGUGAAGGAGGAGGAACAAUUCUGAAUCACUUGUUCUGGAAUUCAUCAAGAAUUACAGGUUUCACAAUGGACAAGACGCCACACAGUGUAAGAGGAGACUCCAGACCUUUGGAUGACAACGAAUCAAGAUGGUCAGAGACAGUCGAGAAUAUUGACUCUCCAAGGGUCGGAGGUCGAGUGCGGCUCUACUCUGAAUCCCAGGUGUACACGGUGAGCCGCUGGGAAGAUGCCGAGCUCCAGGAUGGAAUUUCAGCUGAAGAGAGCGGAGGAGCUUCAGAUGGAGCCCCAUUCCGAGGCCGAUCCCAGUCUGCUCCUGCUGCACUGUGGAAAGCUAAGAAGUAUGGACGACAGCUGAGGAGGAUGAGUGAUGAAUUUGACACCUGGCUGGAUAGAGGGGACAUAAGGAGAGUGAACAGUCCUGGGAGAGUGUCACAGAAGCAACCCAAAUGUGGGUGGUUCUCCUUCCUUUGGGGAGCCAGAGAAGAGGAGGGAAGAGAAUAAAAUUCCACACCGUUAAAACGGAGAGAAAAGUGAAGCAACAGUCAAGACGAAGGCUGGUCAUGUUUGUCACCAGUAUGGCCUUUUCAUCAAAGUGCUCAACCAAACUCCUAUUUAGAUUUUUUUUUUUUUAAAUUGUCAAUGAAAAUAAAGGAGAAAGGUGCUAAAACAUUUGACCACUGCAAUACCUGAUGUAAAGAAUUGUUUUUUAAAAAAAUUGACAAUCUUAACUGACAAUCUGUGAUAUUUAUGGACAAUCUCACAUGUACUGAUAAAUUCAACCCCUAAAUAUUUAUGAAUUAUUUAUUAAUUUGUACCCUUUAAAUUAAUAUUUGGUAAGAAAUGUGAUAUAUUGUUCUAUGAUGUCUUUUAUAAAUGAAUAUAUAUAUAUAUAUAUAUAUAUAUAUAUGUUGAAUUUUAAACAUUUGUCUUAUAAAUUUUAGAGGAAUUGGUGGUAAAAUGUAAAUAUAUUCCAAGGACUCCAAAAGUCACUGAAUCAGCCUGUGAGAAUCGUGUGUAGUGGUGAUUAAUAACGAUGCGGGUAUUGGUCUAAUUCAGUCAGGUUCGUCUCAGGGUUUUCUUUUAUCACAGCAUUUGCUGUUGCUUUUGUUACUGUUUCCAUUUUAAUAAGACAUCAACUGGAGAUGUGAGUGCAUAAUGUGUUUAUGAAAUGUUAUGCUUUUGCUUUUGGAUUUCACACCUUUUCAUGUACAUAUUUCCUUACGGAAGAACUGGUGGUUGUCUUUGGCCUUUUAUAAACACAGCACUGGACUUCAGCAGCUUGGGUUAAAUUGCUUUGUAUGCAAAAGAACAGAGAGUUCCUGCCAAACCUGUGGUUAAGCAAAUCAUUACAGAUGGACAACCCAAAUGCUGUGUAAGCUGGUCUUCAGUCUAUUAGGCAUUUUGUUGAUGCCUUACUUGAAAUGUGUUUCUAUUUCUUGUCUUUUUCACAAGCUCUUGGUAAGAAUUUAUACUGCAUUACAUAUAUUGUGAUGAAACUGUUUGUAUAAUGAUUUGUUCUGUUUGUAUCUUGUUUAAUUUAUUAUUUGUGAUCAAAAAUAAAAUUUC